AUUAGUCCAAAUGCAGUCCAGUUACACUAAAAUCAGAUUUAAUUUUUCGAUCCGGGAAAUUACUGAAGUUGUAAAAUAACUUUGCUCUCAACCCUAAUGCCAGACAAGCUCCGAUUUAAAUAUUUAUAUUUCAACAAUUAGUUCUGUUUUCUCAAUUAUUAGAACGGACAGUUGCCAAUAAAUAUAAUGCAUCGUAAAAACUCUAUUGAAGUUGAAUAAAUCGAGGUUGAAUAAAUUUAAAAACUUUUUAGAAGCUUGCUCUUGUAAAGACAAAGAACCAAAAACAAUAAAAUGUCUUCACGUGUUUAAACAUGCCAUCAGUUGUUGGUCAAAGUAUGAUAAAGGUCAAGGAAACUAUCCUGCGUUGUAGGUUCCAGAAGAAUAUGCGUCUUGCCGAAUUUCGAACAAACUGAAGGCCAACACUAAAAGUUGAUACCACAGUAAUGAACUGCUAUGACCUAUCCCAUAGUUGGAAUGUUGAUCCAUUUUGGGAUUUCGGAUUCCCAAGGGGUUGUCAAUCAAAGGCUACUAAUAUUUUUAUUUCUAGAUGGUAUACUGUUUUACUGGCAUAUUUGAGGUUAGAAGUGCAGUGCAUUGGCUUUCUGAGCACCCAUAAGACAGUUUUAUUCCAGUGGACCAAUAACGGAUCAUGAACAAGGGUUCAAUGAAAGUCAAAAGUAGGUAUGAGUAUUCCUUCUGCAGUUUGUUUACCCUACACAACACAUUAUUAUUGAAACGCAAUUGGUUUUUAGUCAUAGUUUCAUUUGUUUACAAAAAGUAACAAUUGAAAUUUGUGAUAGGUCAGGCAUGUCAGGCAAUGACUUGGCGUGUGAAUGAUGACACAAAAAGCAAAGUCGUAAAAAUCAAUGAGGACAAACAAGAGUGGAAUAACCGGCAGAAGGUCAAUCUUAAAUUAAAUUGCGUUCUUUACUUUUAUGAACGCGUUAGAUAGAUAAACAAACUUUGUUGAGGUACUCAUUAUCAUGCGGUCAAUAAACCCACUGACUUUGAAGCAGAGCCAAGGUUAUGGCAUACUUUUUUUAUGUGUCGAUCAACAUGACCAACGAUAAAGAAUUUAUUUUAUGGAUCAUUCACUUAACUCGUGACAGUCAUCAAAUGUUUAAGAAGCGCGAGCAAACAGUUUUUUUGAUGUUUUGAAAUUUAAUAUUAUGAGCAGAUGUUUGCAUAAAUUAUAAGCUUAAUAGCUAUUUUACUAUCGUAUAAGUGUUUUAUAUUAUUUCAAGUCAACUAUAAAUCAUGAUAAACAAGGGGUCAUAAAAAGCGACGUAUUCUUGUUGAUGCAAUAAAAAUUCGGUCAUAAGAUGAAUUAUUACGAUUUGAUGUUUGUUCUUAAUCACAUUUUGUUAGUUUCUAAUGAUUGAAGCGAUCAAACUAUUUUCGUUUCUGUUUUCACAAUGAACGCUUAAUUAAAUAAACAACACCCAGACAAAAUACUUAUUUCUAUGAUUUUCAUUGUAUUAGAUAUUAGGUGUGUAAAUUGUGACAUCGCACACAACCUCGCCUCAAGCGUAUAAGAAAGCAUCACAGUUUCCGUAUUCAUAACAACAUAAUGUAUUCGAAAAAAAUAUUUGCAUAGAGGAUAACAAUAUUUAUAUUAUAUCUGAAGAACUUUAUCGAGCAAAGUCUAUUAUUAGUAAUUCAAAUAUUGGAAGGUGAUUCUUUGCUCUCCUUCAUUGAGUAAACAUUUUGACUUUGGCUGGGUGAAAUUUUAAUAGUUUUACUUUUUAUAUCUACCUAUGACGUAAAAGGUAUAUAAAACUCACGCUCUCGUUGGAAAUCCUCAAUGUGUCCCGAACCGCAUUCGAGGAAGUCAACUUGUUUUGAACAAUCGCGUUCCUCACUAUUGGUCAUAUUAAAUCGAAUAAAUAAUUGACUAGCAUGGAGGAAAUGUUCGCGACCAUUGUGUACGUGGAAUUAGCUCCAAGUAUUUUAGUGCCUUACGAAUGGCCUAUUCGGGGCCUAGAGAGUCUCGUGUUGACUUUAGCGGAAGAAAUCAUCGCACAGGAUGACUCUGUGAAAUCUAUUCUACAAGUGAAGAACAUACCAGCGAAAUUAAUCCGACACAUUGACAGUAGUGGUUUUACAUACGUUUUUGAAAAAGUGCCGACAGAAGAAACGGUUGGCUGUUAUGUUUAUGAAAUAGUAUUGCCUAAGGAAGAAGACAGUAUUCAAGUGGACAUGUCCGGCGGAAGUAGCUCUGAUAAAGGAUCAUGGCCAAAUUACGCUACGAGUGUCUUUCCGAGAUCUAAUAAAACGUCCUAUUACUUAACGCCUCCACAACUUCAUGGGGAAAUGUUACGCAGUAUGGAUACUAACACGCACGCAUUGCGCCGACGCUUGACGCGAAACAUUAAGCAGAUGACUCAACAAAACAAUGAAUGCAAUGGUUGUGGUGACCAGUGUAAACAGUGGAGCUGGUAGAUCCCAACCACAUGAAAUAAUUACGCAAGUGAGUCGUCGGUUCCAUCCUUCUUCUGGCAGCCAUCAUAGCAUCUGCUACAUUUAACUUGAUGCUGUCAACUAAACACUAAAAUUACCUCUAACAAAUAGGUUAUGUUAUUUUUUCUAGAUCUCUGUCGUAGG